AUGCUAGGUGGAGUGUACAUUUUGAAAAGGUCUGCGGGUUUGGGGAAGCGAGAGAGGCGGCUGCUGUUGGUUUGCACCGGCUUGCUCGUCCGCCCCUUGCCUACUCGGGUUCAGGGAGAUGCCCGGGGGUGGGGCGGGCCGACGGAGGUGAAGGUCGUGGUGGAGGAAGCUGAGCGAUUGGUUGGGAAGUUGAAAGGCCCGGAGGCCGACCAAGCGUCCAAACUUUUCCGCCCCAGCGCCCCUGAGGGCGGAGGGAGUAUCUGGGGCGGAGCGCCUGUCCCGCCUGCGGGUUCCCAGUUUCUCUCAAAUUUCGAUCCUCUCUGCAGCAGCCGCUCUUCUAAAACAUUCAAGCCCAAGAAGAAUAUCCCUGAAGGGUCUCAUCAAUAUGAACUCUUAAAACAUGCAGAAGCAACUCUAGGAAGUGGAAAUCUGAGACAAGCAGUUAUGUUGCCAGAGGGAGAGGACCUCAAUGAAUGGAUUGCUGUUAACACUGUGGAUUUCUUCAAUCAAAUUAACAUGUUGUAUGGAACUAUUACAGAAUUCUGCACUGAAGCAAGCUGUCCAGUCAUGUCUGCAGGCCCCAGGUAUGAAUAUCACUGGGCAGAUGGUACUAAUAUUAAAAAGCCAAUCAAAUGUUCUGCACCAAAAUACAUCGACUAUUUGAUGACCUGGGUUCAGGAUCAGCUUGAUGAUGAAACUCUUUUUCCUUCUAAGAUUGGUGUCCCAUUUCCCAAAAACUUCAUGUCUGUGGCAAAGACAAUUCUGAAACGUCUCUUCAGGGUAUAUGCUCAUAUUUAUCACCAGCACUUUGAUUCUGUGAUGCAGCUGCAGGAGGAGGCCCACCUCAACACCUCCUUUAAGCACUUUAUUUUCUUUGUUCAGGAGUUUAAUCUGAUUGAUAGACGUGAGCUGGCACCUCUUCAGGAAUUAAUUGAGAAGCUUGGAUCGAAAGACAGAUAAAUGUUUCUUCUAGAACACACUUAUCCUCUUGCUUCAUCUACUGCUAGAGCUAUCUCAUUGCUAUUUGUUGUAGACUAGUGACACAGACUAUAAGAAGACAGGAAAAAAGGACACACCUUGUCUGUGUCUGCAGAUUAAAUUGUUCCAAAGGUAGGUUGUCCAGUAGCUUCAGAAACCAUAGUAAGGACACAGCCAAAUCAGAGGUGCUGUGUGAGCACUCCUGUUACUGUCAGUCAUACUUGGGUGUAACGUGAUGACUAGCCUGUAGUUUAUUAGUUCACUUAUUUUUUUACUCACGAAAAUUAUUGCAUCUGUUUCAGGUGACAGUAUAACAGAUACUAAGAGUUUUUAAUCAUUGAUUUAUUAGUAAGUUUCCAGAACAAAUUUCCUAAUGCAAUCAAAUUGGCUUUAUUCUGCUUUUAUUUUAUUAAUAGAAAAGAUAUUUUUAAGUUUCCUUAAGAUUUAGAAUUUGUAG